AUGUCCCAGACGUCCCCCAUCCCCUCUGUCGCUGCCCUCGCGGCUCUCUUGCAUGCCUUCCUCACCAACCCCAACAAUGCGACCCCUCCAUCUGUCGAGCACAUCAUCUCCGUCCUCAAUACCGUGCAGAGCAAUCUCGGGGGCAACGGUGCCCCCUCUGCCUCGACGGGGCCGGCCAUCGUCAAUAACAACCCCGACGUCACCCCUACCUCCUCGGGCAGUGCUAACCAAUCCCCGCCAUCUCCCGUCACCACCGCCGACGACGCCGACGACGCCGACUCCAACGCUGACGCUGAAUCCGACGCCGAAGCUGCUGAGCCUGCCGACCUCCAGGGGUUGCCCAUCGCCGCUGCUGCAGGCACCAGCGUUUUCGUUUCCAACCCUCCCCAGGACAUCGGUAAAAUCACCGGGUUUGUGUGCGCUAACUGCAAGGUCUACAACCUUGUGCGUCCCGCCACUGAAACCUGGUACUGCGUUACCAAGGGCAGGCGUGUUGGGGUGUACAAAGGAAUCCACGCCGUUCGCGACUGGGUCCUCGGCUUCUCCGGGUUUGGGUUGAGCAAGCACCCCAACUGCAAGGAGGCUCUCGAAGCAUGGGCCGACGCUUACGAGGCUGGAAACAUCGCCUUUCCCGACGACGUGGACUACAACAACCCCGGCGAGUUCGGCGCUGCAAGUGUCCCCGCUGUCCACGUUUGA